AUGGCUGUAAUUACACUUUUAUUUUUAAUUUCAGUUAUAUGUUCAUGCAAAGCUCAAGUGCCUUUAAUUCUGUGGACCAGCGAUGGGUACACCUUGCCAACACUGUCUGAACUAUCAGCUGGUGAGAUUGUCUCAGGUGGAAAGUUGAUGUCCUAUCUGAAAUCAGCCUUGCCAGCUUCUCAACACAAUGUGGUGCUCUUUCUUCAGGAUGAGUUAAGUGUAGAUGAUUUCACAGCAUAUGGUGGAGUGUACGGAAACAAAGAAGACAGUGUAUUUAAAAACCUAGAGUCCGCAUUGCAGGCAUCAAGUUCCCUGGUGCUGCCAGCUCUGGCCUGGACUGCUGCUGCGUCAGUGCAGGAAAUUUUCCAGCAGGAACUUGGCAUCCCAUCAAUUAAUCUGGUACCAGCAGAACUUGCAGAGCUUCAGCUAAAAAGCUCCCAGCCAUCUCUGAUUGUUGUCAGACUUCCGUACUCCAGCAGUGCCCAGUCAAAAGAGCUCCUCAGGAAAAAUGAUGAGACCAUUGGCUAUGUGUUGAGUGAGCUGAGAGAUCGGAGUGUACCUUACACUGCUGUUUAUACUGGACUUAAACCCUCACAUGUGAUUCAGGACUCGGACAUGGCUAAUGUCUUUUCAGGCCGCUCGCUACUGCAGGCGCCACCAGCACCAGCCGUCAAACCACCAGUGACUUUUAACGCUACCCAAGAUGUCCCAUGUAUCCUGCUCUGGGCUGAUCUUCUGAAUAUCAGUUAUGAUAACAGCCAAUGGUUCGACCUCGGUGCCCUUACGUUUAAUAGCACCGCCAAUUUGACCGGUUCCAGCUGUGAUGAAACACUGUCCAGACUCGUCCUGAAUUACCAAAAUGUGCUGAAUUUCCGGUCUUUACGCCUUACCUUCUCAAUGCGCAAGAAGUUCUUUCCAGUAUCUGCUCGUAACUGGACGGUCAUGGAGCAGGUGGAGCUGAACUUUGAUGGCCAGACAGCCACAUUUAAUGCCAGUCAUGGUAUCUAUGCCCCUGCAGAGUAUUCCUUUCACUGCCAAAAGGUCAGCAGCGCUGAGAGUCCACUGCUGGUGCCAUCCAACUUUACAGACCUAGCCAACCACUGGAAUCUUUUCUUCACUGACUUUCAGAUCCAGGGCUUCAACGUGACUGGAGGUAAUUUCUCAUAUGCCAGCGACUGUUCCAGCUUCUUUACCCCAGGAAUCUGGAUGGGGCUUCUCACCACUCUGCUCAUGGUACUCAUACUCACCUAUGGCCUGCACAUGAUCAUGCAGCUGCACACCAUGGACCGCUUCGACGAUCCUAAAGGCCCGAGUAUUUCAGUGCCUCAGAAUGAGUAAAAAGCCAAAGAUGAAGAUGCACUGUGCUCUGUUUUAUCAUCAGACUGUAUCAGAAAGCUGUUUCUAUUGAGCAUUUCUGGUUGGUAGCAGGAAUGGUCCAGUGAUUAUUUUAUACACUGUACAACUUGAUCAGUAUGAAAGAUAUCAGAUGUUUUGGUAGUUUUUAUACUGCUGUACCUUUUUUUUUCUUUUUUCUUUAUACUGAAAAGCCAGAUUUGCUGAAGAAUAAUUUUUCUUUUUAGAUAAAUUAUCAAUUCAUUUUAAGAGAACAGUCACGUUUUGUUUGUAAAUUAAAAAAAAAAGCUUUGUUAUGGCUAUUGAGGCUUUUUUAAAAUUUAAUUUAUGGCUUGGGUGGUUUAGUGAUUAAAUUUGCUAGCUGUUUAUAUUCUCCAUUGGUAGUGGUGACUCAGUGGUUAAUGUACUGAACCUGCAAUCAGAAGGUUGCUGGUUCAAGCUGAUUCACUGGCGAUUUGUCAUUGUUGGGCCAGAUGCUUGCACUGUAAUUGGUUGUAACCAUAUGCCGCUUUGGAUAAAAGCGUCUGCUAAAUGCCAUAAAUGUAAGUUAUUGACUAUGUCUGAGGGGGCGAUGGAUUGGCAUCCUGCCCGGGGUGUGUUACUGCACUGCACCCAGUGAUUUCUGGAAAGCCAGACCUACCACGACCAGGAUGAAGCAGUGGUAAAAAUGACAAUGACAUUAAUUCCUUUAUUAAACAGGAUAAGAACUCAAAAAGACACACCCCAGACUGCUCUUACUAAUGAAUUAUUAACCUUCUAGUUCCUGCCACUACACUGAUUUUAGUAAGUUGACUCAGACACACAUCAUUCUUUUCCUGCAUGAUAAACAGUGAGACCAUUUGUCCAGUCUUUUCUGGCUUAUCCUGAAUCAUUUUGUAGAAAAUGAUGCAGCAACAUUUGUUUGAUAUUACCAAAUUGCCAAACUGGACAGAUAUGAAUUUAUUUAUAUUUGGUUAUGUGGAAACACUUUAUCUAAGUGUUAUUUAUACUGAGCAUUAAUACUCUAUUUUUAAGAUCUUGUGCCAAAACUCAUGACGAGACUGUAGAGCAGUUUUAUAAACUCAUACUGUUAGAAAUAAACUUAUAUCCAUAUUUAAGGUGGACUAUGCAACUGUUCUUUUAAUCUACAUGACAAACAAAAGGUUUCUGGAGGUCUAUUAUUAUUUAUUUCCUUUUUUACAUCAGUGAUUAAGUUCCAGUGUUUUAGCCAUAUCCAUUGCCAUUGUAUAAACAAUUGCUUGUUUAACAUACAUCACGUGCAUUCAACUUUGUGGAAAAGUGUACACAAAACUGGGUUUGAUGAGUUUGGUGUGAAAGAACUUCAGUGGCCUUUACAGAGCCCUGGCCCCAAACCCACCUAAAUAUCUUCAGAACAAGGAAUUAAAAGCCUGAGCUUUCUUAUCCAACAAAUGCUUGUUUAACUGAACAAGGGUUCUGGAAUGGAUGCAUUGUACAACGUUAACAUUUUUUCUUAACAGAUGUCUCAGUGUCAAUGCACCACCAAAGUGUCCUUAAACAGUUUGUUUUCUUGUACUUCAGAAGUGCUCUUGAAUAAAAACGUUAAAGUAAUAAUAA